AUGCAGGAGGACCUAGCGACGCUGUUUGCGCGGCAAAUGCACAUGGGGACGCAGGCGCCCCCAGCCGCCCCUCCGACAGUGACGUACAGCAUAUCCCAGCACUACCACCAUUCCGCCCACAUACCCCGCAAGACCGCCCUGGAAGUCUCCCCGCCGAGCGCCCAGCCCUCCGCCCACGAGAUCCUCCAGCGGCACAACAUCAGCCCCGCGUCGCUGUCCCCAAGCCAACUGCAGCUGUUCGAGAAUGCCGGCCCAGAGCAACAGUCCCGCCUGCUGCAGGUGUGGCAGAUCUGUGCAGCGCCCGCGUCCAACCCGUCCAUGACUGGGACAUUGUCGGCGCCUGUAGGAGAGACUGACGUCGAUAUGUCGAUGUCUGGGGUGAUGCACACAGACAACAGCAGUGACGAUGCCCAGCAGUAUGCGGAGCCGUACAUGAUCCAUGGGUACGAGAUGCUUGCGCCGGGGGCACAGGACCCGUCGGUGGGAAAGGUCUCGCCGUUCAUGAGUGAGCCGACGACCGGGUUCCCGUACAAGCCGGCGCACGACCCUGUCUACCAGUUCCAGAGUCAGCGGUGGUGGGAGCGUACUCAGCCUGCGCUGGCUGGGCAGCAGUGUGGGAUUAUUGAUGAGAUGGAUAGUGCGCCAGGAUGCGGGUUUAUGCGGCCGGGUCGGGUUGGGUAG